AACCUACAAGCACCUUUUGUGCUGUGCCAAAACCUCCCCCCCAAAAGCUGCCACCUCGGGCUGGCAAAUUAAUAUUCUCCUCGCCCUUGAAAUUCGCCUCGUCGUAUUCUCGAUUUUUCCUACCUCGUCAUUUAGACUGGUAUUACGUAUCAAUCGAUAAAUCAAACGCCUGAACAGUCAGAGCCUUCGUCACUCCUUCUGCAUUGGGAUACGCCAUCGCAGCCCUUUGCCAUCCACCGCGCCUAUUUUCUAUCUGUCUACCGUGAUAGCUCCGUUUCGUUUCAUACGGCUUGUCUGGUCUGUCUGUUCUUUCGAGGGCAGUUCUAAGUCUAAACCCUUGUUUGACAUCGAAUUGGAUGGGAGCCUCGUCACUUCCACUUGGAUCUUGCUCCUCCCAUCAAUGCUACCCUACCUCACUCUAUCAUUGUCCAUGUAGCUCUCCCGUGCUGCUCCUUCUGGCAAACAACCUAUCAACCACGAUCACGACAACACCACGGACGAUUUUUCACUUCACCUGGACUACCCCAAUCGUUCGGUCUCACGAGAUCAUCCUAGGCUGUCACCCUAACAUUUCAACGAUAUCGGUUAUAACGGGAAUGCGCGACGCUACUUUAUAGGACCGCCCUCACCUCUCCCUCGAGCAUUCUCUUCCCACCCUCUUUUACCUCUCGGCUUUCAUCCUUCAGCAUCCGCUUCGCAACUGUUAGGUUAGCGAUCAGACAGCAUCGCCAUGGAUGCGCCUCACGAGAAGGACGACCAGGACGUCAACCAAGCUCAGCCUGAGCAGCAAGGGCAGCCAGAGCAGGAACAACAGGAGCAGGAACACGACCCCUCGUCUACGUCUCCUCCAACCUAUACUUACCCUCCUCCACCUCAGUCCUCGACAGCAUCUUCAUCAACAUUCAGGCCCAUGGGCCAAGAUUUGCCAAAUUUGCGAACAAGUCCUUCCGACGCAACUCCAACACGCACGACUCGGGCUGCCUCGUCUGCUGCUCCUAGCGAGCAGAAUAGUAUUGCAAACUCGGAUCCGCCGUUUUCUCCGUGGAGUGUUGGCUCAGACAAGCAAUUGGGAUAUCACUCUGCUGCUUCAGAUAUUUCUGGGGAUCGAGUCUUUCCCAUACGAUCCGUCAUAAGCGUCGACCCCAACUCUAGUAAGAUUGCCAGUGAGGAUUAUUUCCCGACUUUGCCUGAGCGCGAUGGUCGAAGCAUUCCUGUCCAUAUCCCAGGUGCUCCUCGAGCUGACACGGGGUCAGAUCUGAGACGGUCAGACACCGUCCCAGCUAACUACCAUUCACGAGCCCAUAGUGAGCGCAUCGAUACCCUUAUGCGGAGAAAGAACACCAUGAGCGGUCCAAUGUCUAGUAUUCAACUAGACGCAAACCGCCAUGGAAGCAGUACCACACCACUUCAGCUCGAUAUCUCCACUUCCGACAAUGAAACAGAAACAGAAGAAUCCGGACCAACGGGUCACAGCGUACCUGCAGCUGCACCCUCUGGACACGAGGCCGAUGUGUCUUCUGCGGGACAAUCGAAUGCUGAUGUCCCACUUGUUACCUCUCGCUUCACCCACGUUGUGACAGACGAUGGCCACGCAGUUAUCACAGGCCGCGAUGGCGUCCUUCAGCGCUGCGAAGAUGAACCGAUCCAUACUCCUGGCGCGAUUCAAACAUUCGGCGCUCUCGUUGCGCUCCGUGAAGAGAACGAUGGCUGCUUCGUCGCUCGAUACAUUAGCGAAAAUUCUGAGCGAAUGCUGGGCUACACUCCCAAGCAACUAUUUCAACUCAAAAACUUCUUAGACAUCUUGACGGAGGAACAACAGGAUAAUCUUCUUGACCACAUCGAUUUCAUUCGUGACGAAGAUGCGGAUCCAGCCAUUAACGGGCCUGAAGUUUUUAGUUUGUCGAUUCGGUCCCCUAAGCGCAAAAGCACAAAACUCUGGUGUGCUAUUCACAUAAACCCGGCACAUCCUGAUUUAAUCAUCUGCGAGUUCGAGCUAGACGAGGACGCUGAAUAUCCUUUACGACCAGUUGAUGAGUUGACGCCUGAUACCCCACACGACACCCUUCAGUCAAAUCCGACACUGGAAGAAAUCGAAGACAGCACAGAGGUCCUCAGCAAACCAUUGAGGAUAUUGAGGAGUGCGAGAAAGAGGCGGGGUGAGCAAGGUGCCAUGCAAGUUUUUGAUAUCAUGUCACAGGUUCAAGAGCAGCUCUCCUCAGCUCCUAAUUUGGAAGCGUUUCUGAAAAUCCUCGUGGGUAUAGUCAAAGAAUUGACUGGCUUCCACCGUGUCAUGAUCUACCAGUUCGACUCUUCCUUCAACGGCAAGGUCGUAACAGAACUUGUCGACACAUCAAUGACAAGAGAUUUGUACAAAGGCCUCCACUUUCCCGCAUCAGACAUUCCACGACAAGCUCGCGAUCUAUACAAACUCAACAAGGUCAGAUUGCUUUAUGAUCGGGACCAAGACACUUCGAGAAUAGUUUGCAGGACUAAGGAAGACUUGGACGUUCCUCUGGACAUGAGCCAUUCCUACUUGCGAGCCAUGUCCCCUAUCCAUAUCAAAUAUCUCAAAAACAUGGCAGUGAGAUCGUCCAUGUCGAUAUCAAUCAAUGCUUUCAACGAGCUAUGGGGCCUUAUUUCUUGCCACUCAUAUGGGAAUCACGGCAUGCGAGUGUCCUUUCCAAUUCGGAAGAUGUGUCGCCUUGUUGGGGACACCGCGUCCCGGAAUAUCGAGAGACUAUCUUAUGCGUCGCGGCUACAGGCUCGCAAGCUGAUCAACACUGCCCCCACAGACAAAAAUCCCUCUGGAUACAUUAUUGCAUCUUCGGAAGAUCUUUUGAAGCUGUUCGAUGCCGAUUUUGGACUACUAUCUAUCAAGGGCGAGACCAAAAUCAUGGGUCUUGUCGAACAAAGCCAGGAAGCCCUCGCGAUGCUGGAAUACCUACGAAUGCGGCAACUUACCUCUGUCGUUGCAUCGCAGGACGUCAAAGAAGACUUCCCCGACCUACGGUAUCCCCCUGGUUUCCAAGUAGUAGCCGGCCUACUCUAUGUACCCCUCAGCGUUGGUGGCAACGACUUCAUCGUCUUCUUCCGGAAGGGCCAGAUUAAAGAAGUCAAGUGGGCCGGCAAUCCCUACGAAAAGUUUGUUCGAGAGGGCACUGCGGGCUACUUGGAACCAAGAAAGAGCUUCAAGACCUGGAAUGAAACUGUUGUCGGCAAAUGCCGAGAAUGGAAUGAAGAACAGGUCGAGACCGCAGCUGUGCUCUGUCUCGUCUACGGCAAAUUCAUUGAGGUCUGGAGGCAAAAGGAAAUGGCUCUUCAAAACAGCAAGUUAACACGGUUGUUGCUUGCCAAUUCUGCUCAUGAGGUCCGGACACCUCUCAAUGCCAUUAUCAACUACCUGGAAAUAGCCCUGGAGGGUAGCCUCGACCAAGAAACCCGAGAGAACUUGGCGAGAUCUCAUUCUGCCUCUAAGUCUUUGAUCUAUGUCAUCAACGACUUGUUAGACUUGACCAAGACUGAGGAAGGACAGAACUUGGUCAAGGAUGAGGUUUUUGAUCUUGCCAGCUGUAUUAGAGAAGCGACAGGUCCAUUCCUGAAUGAUGCUAAACGAAAGGGCAUUCAUUACACCGUUGUUCAGCAUCCUGGACUUCCGCAAUUUGUACAUGGCGAUGAACGACGAAUUCGCCAAGCACUAUCCAAUGUCACUGCGAACGCGGUGGCCCAUACGCACAGCGGCUACGUCAAGGUGGAAGUCUUUGUGUCAGAAGUCAAAGAUCGACAGGCAGUGGUGGAUUUUGUAAUUGAGGACUCUGGUAUUGGCAUGAGUGCCAGCCAAUUGGACACCUUGUUCCGUGACCUUGAACAGGUCAGCUCAGAGGAAGCGCCUAUGUCGGGCACGAAGCUGGAGGAGAUGCCUCGCGAAAUGCGAACAUUGGGACUCGGUCUUGCUGUUGUUGCCCGCAUUGUUCGAAACAUGGAUGGACAGCUUCGCCUAAAGUCGGAGGUUGGCCAAGGCUCAAGAUUCGUGGUUCAGCUUCCGUUCCUCCUUUCCAACGAGUGUCCAAGCUCACAUGGAAAUGAAAACUUGCCUACGAGUGUUCCAACAAACAAGUCGACAAACAGUGCAGAGUCUGCCAACACUGCAACAUCUGCCCCACUUUCUCUGACAGCUGCUCCAGAGGGUGAGAUUACACUCGUUGACAGGGUUAGCUCCAUGACUUCAGCUGUUGAAGGAGGCGAUGCAUCGAUGAAAGGAAGCCGAGCAAGCCAAAGAAGUAUGAGCAGCCAUGGCAGCCAUCAAAGUGACGCCGAUCGACUCAUUGAUGCAAUCUCGACGCCCCUAUCUCUGAACGACAGGGAAGGCAGUGAGUAUCCUCUUCCCGCCAGUGUACGCUCAGGGGGGAGCUCCAUGCGGCCCACGUCCCGCGGAGCUGUCAGCCUCAGUGGUCGAUCUGUGAGUCCUCCCCAGAGCCCUGUGGCAACCAAACCACAUAGCGAGCCUGGAAGCACAGGGGUGGUGGAUUCAAAAACUCCGAUUCGUGCUGUCAAGAUUCCAGACGAGUACAGCGAUGUGCCCCAACGACCACAGCCCAGCGAGCAUUCCCGUGUCCUCUUUGAGAUGAAGGGCAACGACCGUCCCGUGACAAAAGCCGCUACAGAGAGCAUCACAAGUGGAGGAACUCAGAUGACUGAGUCACAGCAUCUGGAGGUCCUUGUGGCCGAAGAUGACCCAAUAAACAUGAAGAUUUUGAGGAAGCGUUUGGAGCGAGUCGGCCAUGGUGUGCAUCAUACUGCCAACGGCGAAGACUGUGCUGCAGCGUAUCGCGAACGAUCAAAGGAGUUUGACGUGGUCUUGAUGGAUAUGCAAAUGCCAAUUGUCGAUGGACUCACCAGUACAAAAAUGAUCAGGUCCAUGGAGGCAUCCGGGGAGCAUCAAGGUCAUUCGUCGUUGGCCAAUUCAAAUUAUCGCAUCCCGAUUUUCGCGGUUUCGGCUUCUCUUGUUGAGCGCGAGAAGCAGACCUAUGUCGAUGCCGGCUUUGAUGGCUGGAUCCUUAAGCCGAUCGAUUUCAAGCGUCUCAACACUUUGCUUGCCGGUAUUUCUGAUGAGGAGGUCCGCAAGUCUUGUCUAUACGAACCAGGUCAGUGGGAACGUGGAGGUUGGUUUCUCUCAAGGGCCGUUCUUGGCGGUUCAGUGACUAGCGACGAGACGACACCCAAGGCCGUGCCUGAUGCCAAAGAUAAAGAUAUAGGCAACACAGUAGCUGCCGAGGAAGCCAAGGCCGAGAGCGAUGCUAGUGAACCUGCGCCCAGUACUUGAGACGUCAAUGCUGUUACACCAGCAAGCAAGUCGUUGGCUGACCACAGCUCCAGGGUGGUGUAGAGCUACCCCAUCUUCUGGUUUCAUAUACGACGGGGUUUCCUCGAAAAGAUGAGCAGUUCCUCUCGAGUCUUUUGGCAUCUUCGAUAUACACACCCUCAGAUGACAUUUGACCGUGGCUGCUAGUUUCGUUUCAUUGUUAUUUUUCUCUUAAGCUUAAUUCUCGGUUUUCUUUUUUGCUUCAACGGUUUUAGCCCACGGGAUACACGCACUGUACACGAUAGAUAUGAUGGGAAUGGGAAUGGAAAUGGAAAUGGGCAACAAGGCGUUAGGAGCUUUCAAGCGUUGAAGUACGCUUCACCAUCGCAACGCUGUUUGAUGUCGCAGGCUGUCCUUUCCGUGCAAGCAGAAAAGUUCUUGUACAAGGAAAUCACCCAUAAUCGCUGGCAGUCUACUACUUUGUUUUUGUUUUAUCCUUCCCUUUUGUUAGCAUAGAACGGACGAGAGACGAGGACCAUGAUGUAUACGAUAGCAUGGGUUCAAGGACGGGCUGUUUGGUGAUAGGAAAGGUUUUUUGUUUUAUUAAUUGUUUCUUGGUCGAUCUCUGCUUCUGCUCUGCAAAACCAAGAGCAUUGAGCGAGCCCAUGGCGGGAAGGGGAUUUCUAGCAUGGCUAUCCUGCGAGGGCUAUGGUCGCAUGAGGAGGGAAUACACGCCGCGCCGCAGGUCUGGCGACUUGGUAGUGGUUGGAGGAGGUCAAGGGGGAACGGCAUCAGGAGUAUCAGCAUGUAUAUGUCUAUCCAUAGAACUCAUGCCUAAUGCCUAUGAAGGAAAACACAUCAUGACUUGGAUACUUUGAACGGCUGAGUGAGCACCACACAGCCCUUGAGUUGUCAACAAGUAAUAAUGUGCUAAGCUUAACAACACAUAUCAUUCAUCAAGUUCCUCGAGUUGUGUAUUGACUGGUUCCUUAG